AUGCAGAGAAAGAACUUCACAGAAGUGACAGAAUUCAUCUUGGGAUUCUCUAGUUUGGGAAAGCAUCAGAUAACCAUCUCUGGGGUUUUCCUAACUGUCUGCAUUUUAACUCUGGCUGGUAACAUCAUCAUUGUGACUAUCGUCUGCAUUGACCAUCAUCUCCACACUCCCAUGUGUUUCUUCCUAAGCAUGCUGGCUAGUUCAGAGAUGGUGUACACACUGGUUAUUGUGCCACGAUUGCUUUGCAGCCUCAUUUUUCAUAACCAGCGUAUCUCCUUGGCAGGCUAUGCAACCCAAAUGUUCUUUUUUGUUAUCUUGGCCAUUAAUAAUUGCUUCCUGCUUACUGCAAUGGGCUAUGACUGCUAUGUGGCUGUCUGUAGGCCCCUGAGGUACACUGUCAUCAUCAGCAAGGGCCUAUGUGCCCAGCUGGUGUGUGGGUCCUUUGGCAUUGGUCUGGCAGUUCUCCAUGUGACAGCCAUGUUCAGUUUGCCCUUCUGUGGCACAGUGGUGGACCACUUCUUUUGUGACAUUUACCCAGUCAUGAAACUUUCUUGCAUUGAUAUCACUAUCGAUGAGAUAAUAAAUUAUGGUGUAAGUUAAUUUGUGAUUUUUGUGCCCAUAGGCCUGAUAUUUACCUCCUAUGUCCUCAUCAUCUCUUUCAUCCUUAAAAUUGCCUCAACUGAGGGCUGGAAGAAGACCUUUGCCACCUGUGCCUCCCACCUCACUGUGGUCAUUGUCCACCGUGGCUGUUCCUCCACUACCUACCUCAAGCCCAAGUCAGAAAACUCUACAGAACAAGACCUCCUUCUGUCAGUGACCUACACCAUCAUCGCUCCCCUGCUGAACCCUGUUGUUUACAGUCUGAGAAACAAGGAGGUCAAGGAUGCUCUAUGCAGAGUUGUGGGCAGAACUAUUUCUCCUAUUUAUUGGAUUAUUUAA